CACCCCUCUCUCCCCCGGCCCUUCGCUCUUUCUCGCUUGGACCACCUGUGCCUCGAGUCCCGUCCUCCGCUCCUGGCUCCUGUUACUUUUCCCAACCCCUAACCUCAACCCAACCUCAACCCCAAGUCCAACUUAUCUUCUUCGCGACUCCAAACCCUAGACCACUUCUGCUUCUCGCGUAUUUGGAUGUAGCUCCUUGGCGUGGCUCCGUUUCUCGUGUGUGGUGUGGGCGUUGCAGGGGAGUGUCAAUGUGAGGCUAUUGGGUGCAUCUGUGUCUCCGGACCAAAUUUCGGACUUGCAGACUACGGGCGGGCGCUGGGUUGGAGAGGAAGAGCCCCGAUUUUUUCUGGGUUGGGAACUAGGGUUUUGGCGUAGAGGUGGGCAGUCUGGGAAAAUUUACUGGGCAAUUGGAGCUGCGUGGGUGAUCGGCGCUGGAUUUCUGGGUCGAGGGAAGCGGAGUUGCACACUUUGAUUCUGGGAGUUGGGAGGCCUGGUGCAGGAGGGCUGGCAGUUCAUUGGCGGGGAUGAGAAGAAGUUGUGAAUUUUAGUUAUCAGUUUUCGCGUACAAUGUGGGCACGGUCGCCGGAGAAUGGAUCACCCGCGCAGGAAUAUGAUUCUCCGAGCCGGAGCCAGAGUUCUGGUGAAACCGACUACAGCCAAGAUGAUUGGCGGAUUAAUGGGCAUGCUGAACCGGAGGCGGAAAGACACGCUGUUAUUAGGCCUGAAAUGACACGAAAGAGGAAGAGGGUGCCCAUUGAAGCAUAUGCAGGCUCCAAUUCCGCCCCUAGACAUGAUGCAGACAGUAAUGACGAAGAAGAGGAAGAAGAUGACUAUGAUGAUCGUCAAGAUUAUUACGUAGGGAACCAUCCAGAACAGGGAGUCUCAUAUCACGAACCUGUCAAAGUCUCAUAUCGUGAGCAAUCUGGUGGAGGUUCAUAUGCUGAGCAUUUUGCAGGAGGGUCCGAUCGCGAGCAGUCUCCAGGAGGUUCGUACCAUGAGCAUUCUGGAGGGGGUUUCUACCGUGAGCAAUCUGAAGAGCCUUCUUAUCGUGAACAAUCUGAAGGGGGUUCUUAUCGGGAGCAAUCUGAAGAACGUUCUUUUCGUGAGCAAUCUGGAGGUUCUGAUCAGGAAAGAGAGUCUGAACGACCUCGAUGGCAUCAUAAAGCUGUUCAAUUAAAGGAUGUUGCAUCAAUUUCAAGUGGCAUGGAGAAAGGGCCGGGGACUUAUUUGGUCUUAGAGGAUGGUGUCGAGUUUCAAAUUCCUCAGUAUUAUGACGAACUCGCUACAUCUCUUCACCUUCCCCCCUUCAACUCGCUGCAAAUUGAAGAGAAGGUUGUUUACGGCCGACUCAAAGCAACUGCUUUUUUCGCGAUUAUGGAUGCUGAUCCCUGGGCUCGACUUUGGCGAAAGCAAAAUGAGAUAGGGCAGUGUCGGAGUACAGGUUAUGAUAGGGACACUAAACGGAGGUUGCUCGAGAAGAGAAGAUUUGGUUUACAAGUAAUCGACUCAAGCGUUGUGAUAAACCCGCCGCCGGUGGAAUAUCCUGACGAAGAUUUGGGAGUCCCUUCCGAGGUUGGGUCUUUGGACGAAUCUCUAGUCGCGUACCGUCAGAUAUCAGUUGACAGUGGUCAGGCCAGACGAUGUGAAGUGAAGAUUCUGGAACAUGGUGACGGCUAUGAGCUUGUGGAACGGAGAAAGCAGAAGAUUGAACCCCUGAAAAGAGACCCGCUGGAGGUAGCACUAGAGGAUUCUGAAAAAAUCGGAAAGUAUUGGGUGAAUUUGGUCCGAAAAGAUUUACCGAAGCACCAAAAGUAUUUUGCAGCUUGUUACAGAAAGCAGAUACAAGAUGUAAAGCGAGUAGCGGAACUUUGUCAAAGAGAGGUUAAAAGUCGCAAUAUGCGGUCUUUGAAAGUAAUGAAAGCUGCACCCACCAGAACGAGGAGAUUGGCUCGUGACAUGAUCAUUUUCUGGAAGAAAUGGGAUAAAGAACAGAUUGAAGUUAGGAAAAGGGAAGAAAAGGAAGCUGCCGAAGCUCUUAGACGGGACCAAGAGCUUCGGGAAGCCAAACGCCAACAGCAGCGACUCAAUUUUCUUCUCACACAAACGGAGCUCUAUAGCCAUUUUAUGCAAAAUAAGUCGUCCGGAAUGCCUGUUGCACAAGCUUCUCAGGAUGCACUGCGUGACCUUGAUAAAACUGUGGCACCGGGGGAGGGUCUAGUUGCGACGAGUCCCGAGGAUGAUGAAGAGGAGGCUGCUCUGAAGGAGGAAGCCGUGAGAGCAGCUACUUUAGCUGCUGCCCAGCAGAGAAAUCGAACGAAUGAUUUUGAUAGUGAGAGUGAGAGGCUUCGUACAGCUGCUGGUGGAGACGAGGCGGGUGGAGCAGAAGAUAUGGAUUUGCUACACCCGUCUACGAUGCCAACGACUUCCUCCGUCCAGCAACCCAAAAUGUUCCAGGGUGUCUUGAAAGAGUAUCAGCUUAAGGGUCUACAGUGGCUUGUUAAUUGCUAUGAACAGGGCUUGAAUGGUAUACUGGCUGACGAAAUGGGACUCGGCAAAACAAUCCAAGCUAUGGCUUUUCUUGGACAUUUGGCUGAGGAGAAGAACAUAUGGGGUCCUUUCCUUGUGGUGGCCCCAGCAUCUGUUCUUAAUAAUUGGGCAGAUGAAGUGAACCGUUUCUGCCCGGAUUUAAGGAUCCUUCCGUACUGGGGAGCACUCAAUGAGAGAAUCGUUUUGCGAAAAAAUAUUAAUCCCAAUCGACUUUAUCGCAGAGAUGCAGGAUUUCACGUUCUAAUUACAAGCUAUCAACUUCUAGUCUCGGAUGAGAAGUACUUUCGGCGAGUGAAAUGGCAAUAUAUGGUUCUUGACGAAGCUCAAGCGAUUAAAAGUGCCAGUAGUCUGCGUUGGAAGACUCUUCUCAGUUUCAACUGUCGAAAUCGUCUUCUUUUGACCGGAACACCCAUUCAGAAUAGUAUGGCUGAGCUCUGGGCUCUUCUGCAUUUCAUCAUGCCCACUCUUUUUGACAGUCAUGAUCAGUUCAAUGAGUGGUUUUCAAAGGGGAUUGAAGGGCAUGCAGAGCAUGGUGGAACAUUAAAUGAGCACCAGCUCACUCGUCUGCACUCAAUUUUGAAGCCAUUCAUGCUGCGACGAGUCAAGAAGGAUGUGAUUACAGAAAUGACCAAUAAGAAAGAGGUUAUGAUUCCAUGCUACUUGAGUUCACGUCAGCAGGCAUUUUAUCGAGCAAUUAAGAACAAGAUAUCAGUCGCUGAUCUCUUUGGCAACGGAGGCCAGCUCAAUGACAAAAAGGUCCUCAAUCUUAUGAAUAUCGUCAUUCAGUUACGAAAGGUCUGUAAUCAUCCAGAGUUGUUUGAGCGCAAUGAAGGACAGUCCUCUGUGCACUUUGCGGUUGUACCACAUUCUCUUCCUCCACCACCUUUCGGAGCGCUAGAGGAUGUUCAUUUCGCUGGAGGUUAUAAUCCUGUGUCUUACAAGAUUCCUAAACUUUUAUAUAGAGAUGGCAUGCGCUGCUUGCCAACCGAGAGCUCUGGGUCUGCACAAGGCUUCACUGAGAAAUGGCUAAAAGCUUGCCUGAAUGUUUUCUCACCAGAGAAUGUGUACUAUUCUUCUGUGGGGCAUAGUAACAAAGCUGAUGUCGAUGAGAGGUCAUGUCGCAGUGGAGCUUUUGGAUUUAUUCGUAUGCUUGGUCUUUCAGCUUCGGAAACGUCGUUCCUAUCCAAGGUAUCUGCUUUAGAAAGAUGCUUAUUCGCCUUACUACAAUCAGAAGAACCACCCUCCGUAGAAUGUUAUGGGGACCUAAGCAAGCUGACAACAUUAGGUGACCAAAGAAAAGAUACUUAUGGCCAUGCAGCCUCAGCUGUGGACUGUAUGAAAACUUCUGUUGAUUUAUUGGAUGACGAAGACUGUGAGGAUGCAAGGACAAGAUGUGUUCGAAGGAUGUUGAUGCUACCUAGCAGAGCAGAUCUAAGAAUUUUGAGAGUGAAGCAUCCAUCGGGUCCAGAAUUGCAACCGUUUGAAUCACUAGUUGUAUCAAAUCAGGAUAGGCUACUUGGCACUACUGGACUUUUACGAUCUGUACGCAAAUAUAUGCCACCAGUUCGAGCUCCACAGAUCAAUGUAGUGUGUUCAGAUAGAGGGUUGACAAUGCAACGGACGGAGGAGUUGGAGAAUCCAAUUGUUAAACGGUUCCUUGUUGGAUUUGCUCGGACUUCCGACAACGGGCCAGCAAUGCCUCUUCCUCUAUCUGCACCUAUUGAGGAGAAUGAAGUUCGUGCUCGUCUUAUACAGCCUUUACUCGCGAUACCUUUUCGGAUAUUUGGUUCGGCACCCCCAUUACAGAGUUUCGAUUUUGCGAAGAUGCUCUCGGAUUCGGGAAAACUUCAAACAUUAGAUAUUUUAUUGAAGCGCCUUCGAGCAGGGAACCAUCGAGUGCUUCUUUUUGCUCAAAUGACCAAGAUGCUCAAUAUUUUGGAGGAUUACAUGAAUUACCGCAAAUACAAAUACUUGCGACUGGAUGGUUCAUCCACCAUUAUGGACCGUCGUGACAUGGUUAAAGACUUUCAGCACCGGUCGGAUAUUUUUGUUUUCUUGUUAAGUACAAGAGCUGGAGGCCUUGGAAUCAAUCUCACUGCUGCUGAUACGGUUAUUUUUUAUGAAAGUGACUGGAAUCCAACUAUGGAUCUUCAAGCCAUGGAUCGUGCCCAUCGGCUUGGACAAACGAAAGAGGUCACUGUGUACAGGUUGAUAUGCAUAGGGACAGUUGAAGAAAAGAUAAUGAAACGGGCCAGUCAAAAGAACACUGUGCAACAGCUGGUCAUGACUGGAAAUAAUGCUUCGCAAGGUGAUGUCUUGGAAGCAGAAGAAGUUGUGUCGCUUUUAUUAGACGAUGCAGAAUUGGAAGCGAAGAUGAAAGAACAAGUCUCUAAACAAGUUGAUAAGCAUGGGAGGCGGAAGAAGGGAUGGGCUGUAACUGGUUCUUUGAAAGGAGUACGCCUGGAUGCUGAGGGCGGUGGUGCCUCACUUGAUGAUGCCAACACAGCUUUUACAGACAUCGUUGACAGUGGUGGGGCAGCUAAAGCCCCAGACGAUACGCCAGAUGCUAAUACUCCGGCGGCCCCUGCAAACGGCAAAAAGAGGCGACGAAAUGGAGAGGAAAAGCCACCGAAACCCCCCAAAAUGCCAAAGGCUGCGAAGGAGGUCAAACCCAAAGCUACAAGAGCUCGCAAAGAACCCAAGCCGCCUAAGCCUAAGCCAGUUAAGGUACCGAAAGAGAGAAAACCUAGAGCACCUCCUGAUCCUUCUGCCAGAUCUAGACAGCGACCCAAGAAAGGGUCUUUGGGUCUCAGUGAGAAUAAUUCCCCAUCUCCCUCUCUUGCGGGAGAUGAAUACGGAGAAGGAUACGCUGGUUCGUCUGCUCUAGAAAAUGGCUACCCGUUAGGUGAAACUGAAAAUCACAUAUUUAAUGGCGAUCGUUUAAGUAAUUCUAGGCCAAGCACAUGUAGCACUGAUUCUUUAGACAUGGUUUAAGAUACCUCGGCUGUGGUCAUCUGGAAAGACUAUCAAGAGAAAGCAUUAUCGGUGAGAUUAGCCUCUACCCUGCAGCAGAUUCUUAGUUGGAAAUAGGUGGAUUUCAUUUUUGUGGAUCUCAGAAACCAAGUGAAGACAGAUUGCUGGAGGUUAACAGCCACAGCUGCUUUGGAGGUUUACCGGGAGUGUCCUUUGAGCUUGUGAAUCACAUCAUUCAAACCGAACAGGAGGUUUUUGGUGUCUGUUUCCCAGAAAUCUCGUGUAACGUAUAUAGUACACAAUUUGGGGGUUGAACUGCCCGUAUUUUACGACUGAGAAGGGUAUUCGUGGCAUCAGUGGGGGUACAACUCUGUGUUCACGCCGCGAAGGAGAAGCAUAGGCAUGUGGGAGGCAGUCACAUUAUGUUGGCCAGCUGGAGGAAAGCUUGUAUUGAGUAGGGACAUGUGAAAUGUCUCCAGAAAGACCCUUGAUGUUGUAGGGUUGAUUCAUCAGAGCAAAUUUAAGACCAUUUGUAAAUUUUUCUCACUUAACACGCAAUACUUGAGAGUGUGCAAAUCACUGAAAUAGCCCACUCGUAUUCGCCUCUA